AUGCAAUCAUCAAACGAAAAAACACGCGACACGUUUGAAGAUUCUUCAGCGGUGAUCCCGUCAAACACAGAAGCAUCAAAUGAGAAUAAAUAUAACUUACCAAAAGACGCCUCAACUAAUAUCACAUCACAAGAAGCAACAACUGAGAAAAGACCAAAUGAUCUGGAUGUUACUAUUGUAUCAAACGCGAUUACAAAAUCCUCUUCAUCAAAUGGAAAAGGGUCAUAUUUAUCAAAAUACUCUUCCAUUGCAUAUACCGUUACAAAAGCAACAAAAGUUGGCCGAGAAGCAUCAGCUGCAUUCGUAUCAAAUACAAAUACGCAAUCAAUAUCAAAUCAGAUAGAAACACCGGCAGAAGUGUCAUUAGAUACAGACACAGAUACACCGGCAACCGAAAAAGAAGCUGAUUUUCAAAAAUCUUCAGUUACAGGCAAAAUUGACGUGAAUAUACCAAAUAUUAAUAAAAGUGAUUUACCAGAAAAAUUAGCAGCAACGGUUUUGAACCUCGAAAUACGAGAAUCAUCAAAUGAAACUAAAUCACUUGAAGAUCCUACAGUCGUUAUUGCACAAGAUACAGAAAUUUCAAAUGAAAACGAUCUCGAAUCACCUGAAAACUUGACGUUUGGUUUGGUAGAUUCGAUAAAUGAACCAGGACCGGAUUUUUCUGAGGACUCAUCGGUCGAUGAAGCAUCGAACUCGAAUGUGAAAACUUUAUUAAACAAACCGCAUUUACUUGAUAAUCAAUCAUUAAUCAGUAAAGAGGAAAUUGAUUCACAUGAAGACUGGUUUAUUGAGAACACGUCGGAUAUAGAAUUACAUGAAACACGAGCACUACUUUCUGUUAAAAAAGAACCAGAGUUUACUCAAGAACCUUCAACUGCGAAGGAAUCAGAUAUAGAAAUGGACGAACUACUGAUUGAAAAGGAAACCAAUUUCUUGAAGACUCAAAGUGAGGAUUCAACUUCGAUUUCACUCUCUCAAAUUAAUGCGUUAAUCGCUGACUCAGAUCGUGUCGAGAUGAACACUGCAAAUUUUAUUCCCAUUUCUCCAUCACAAGAUGAAAGAUUUGUAGAAUCAAGGUCAGCGGAAAUCAGUACCGAAUUGAAUAAUGAACAAGAAUCUGAUCCGGUUGUCGGAAAAUCCGAAAUUUCAGUAUCCGAUACGCGUUCUUGCAUAGACAGAUCGAGUAAUUUCUCCACCCAUCCAAAUUCUCCAAAUCUCCAUAAUAUUCCUUAUUCGACCCUCUUAAUGGACUCUCCCGUUGAUAUUUUGAGAAAUUCAAGUUCUUUUUCACAUUCGGAAUCACCAAUAUUAAUAAAUUUAAAAACGUUUUUGGAUAUUAUCCCAUCGAUGGAAUCGAAGUACAAUCAACAGUUAUCAUCAACUACGUCCGAAACAUUCAAUACACAAAUUGAAUCACCUAAGGCCUCCGACUCAGUUGAGGACAAUGGGAUUUCCUCACACAAGAGUCCAAACGACACAAUUUUACGUAAUAUCGCUCAUAAAUAUUUCCCUCCAGAACGUAAUCUUUCUGAAUCAUUAUCAAUCUGUCAACAAAGUGCCAAUUUGUUUGAAUUUCGAUCUUGUAUCCGCGAAAGCAAUUCGAUUAUCUUAGCUGAGAAUGACGCAACGAAGCCAUCUAGAGUUUCGAUAGAACAGAAAGAUCGCGCUAAACCUUCUAGAUGGCUAUAUGUCUCUAACGUGCCGAAAAAUACUGAUCGACGCGCAUUAAUUAAUCUAUUAUGGGCUCAAGGAGACGUAAACAAUGUACUUGUUGGACUCUUGGACUCUGAAGGACUUGUCUAUAUAAUAUACUAUGACAUUAUAGAUGCAAUGAAAGCGCGUAAAGUACUUCAAGGAUACCUACUAGGUGAUAGCUAUUUGAAGGCUGAAUUUUGUUCUAAACCAUUCUCCAAGAAGGCAACUGACCUGGACGACUUAGCACAAUGGGAAUGGGAUAACGACGGAAUAAUUUUGUUAAAUGUCCUUGGAAGAAGACUAGAGGAGCCCAGAAUAAAAUGCGAAUUCAGCAUAUACGGAAAUAUAUUAUCAGUAAAGCCUCUUACUUCGGAAAAUUCUGAACGAAUGCUGAUUGAAUAUUAUGACACUCGCGAUGCAAAUGAUGCCAAAAAAAUAGCAAACAAUAAAUUACUUCGCAAUGCGACGUUGAAGGUCGAAUACUAUAAUCACGAAGUAUAUUCUUGGAGAGCGAUCAACAAGCUAUCUAGCGAAGAAACCUAUGAUACGUCAUCGUGCGAGACAUCUCCUGAUUGCGGGCCAAAUGCGACCAGACAAACUAAAGUUCGUCAAAACAAUAGCAUCAACAACAACAGUAUCAUCGCAUCUGGAAACCGUGAGGAUGGAAGGACAACAUUCAUGAUAAGAAAUAUCCCAAAUAAAUACACUCAGCGAAUGUUGUUGGAGACCCUCGACGCGACCCACAAAGGGCAGUACGAUUUUAUAUAUUUAAGAAUAGACUUCAAAAAUCGCUGUAAUGUGGGGUACGCAUUUAUUAACUUUGUUGAUACCAACGCGGUUCUCUCGUUCAUCGAGAACCGCGUUGAGCAAGCACGCAUUGAUCGAAAAAUUCCGAAACAGCAGCGUGAUGAGGGAGACGCCGGAAUACCGGCCAAAAAUCUUCUUCUCUUAUGGGAGCUUGAGUGGGGUGGAACAACCAUUCCAUCCUUCCCGAUGAUCUCAUAA